GCAGAAGAUCCAAUUGGAGGCGAACUAUUAGGAAUGAUCUCGGCGAAAGGUGAGCCUAAAAGGGCGUCAUUGUGCUGAUCUGAUUGCAGCAGAGGAAGGAUUCCUGGACUCCAGUGGACGCACGUUGCCUUUAUUCUCUGAAGUGGAAAACGUAAGCUCAGCACUCGGCACCUACCUUCCAGUCGAGCGGUCAUCGGUUGGGGUCAGAGGCAGCACUCAGCUCAGCGGCGAUGGGAGGUGGAGGGCAGCUGACAGAGCCGGUGGAGACGAGUGCCUGCGGCGGGCGGGCUGCUAGUGUGUACACCUGGGACGAGGUGCAGAAGCAUUGCCAUAGGAACGACCAGUGGCUCGUCAUCAAUAGGAAGGUGUACAACGUCACCCAGUGGGCCAAAAGGCACCCAGGGGGGCUCAGGGUCAUCAGCCACUAUGCCGGAGAGGACGCCACGGAGGCCUUUCUUGCUUUCCAUCCCAACCCGAAGUUGGUGCAGAAGUUCCUGAAGCCGUUGCUGAUCGGAGAGCUGGCUGUGACCGAGCCCAGCCAGGACCGCAACAAGAAUGCAGCGGUGGUGGAGGACUUCCAGGCACUACGUACCCGGGCGGAGGGCCUGGGCCUGUUCCAGGCUCAGCCCCUCUUCUUCUGCCUCCACCUGGGCCACAUCCUGCUGCUGGAGCUGCUGGCCUGGAUGAGCGUGUGGCUCUUGGGGACCGGCUGGAGGACCACGCUGCUCUGCUCCUUCAUUCUGGCUGUCGCUCAGGCCCAGGCUGGAUGGCUGCAGCACGACUUUGGUCACCUGUCUGUCUUCAAGCUCUCCCGCUGGAAUCACAUAUUCCACAAGUUCAUCAUCGGUCACCUCAAGGGUGCUUCUGGAAACUGGUGGAACCACAGACACUUCCAGCACCACGCCAAGCCCAACGUCUUCAGCAAGGACCCUGACGUCAACAUGCUGCAUGUCUUUGUGGUUGGGGAUAUCCAGCCAGUGGAGUAUGGCAUUAAAAAGAUUAAAUACAUGCCCUAUCACCACCAACACCAGUACUUCUUUUUAGUCGGACCCCCACUGCUCAUCCCGGUGUAUUUCCACAUCCAGAUAUUACGGGCCAUGUUCUCUCGACGGGACUGGGUGGACCUGGCCUGGUCCAUGUCGUACUACCUGCGCUACUUCUGCUGCUACGCUCCGUUCUACGGCCUGCUGGGCUCUGUGGCCCUCAUCAGCUUUGUCAGGUUCCUGGAGAGCCACUGGUUCGUGUGGGUGACCCAGAUGAAUCAUCUGCCGAUGAACAUAGACCACGAGAAGCAGCAGGACUGGCUCAGCAUGCAGCUGAGCGCCACCUGUAAUAUAGAACAGUCCUGCUUCAACGACUGGUUCAGCGGACAUCUGAACUUUCAAAUCGAGCACCACUUGUUUCCCACCAUGCCGAGGCACAACUACCAGGUGCUGGCUCCGCUGGUGCGAGCGCUGUGUGAGAAGCACGGCAUCCCGUACCAGGAGAAGACGCUGUGGCGGGGCGUGGCCGACGUCGUGCGGUCGCUUAAGAACUCAGGAGACCUCUGGAUGGAUGCUUAUCUCCAUAAGUGAGGAGAACAACAAGGAAUUCAACACAAAUUGAAACCAUGCUGUUUGAAAUUUACCAAAAAGAAAAACGUCAUGCACUACCUAAGAGAUAAAUGAUGUACGUGUGGCUUUGUAAUACGGUGUAGUGCAGGAACAAUCUAUUCUUACUAUUGUAUUUAUAGUCAAUCUGGUUUACUUUGAUGUGCAGGAUUUCCAACGAUGUGCUAGAGCUCCUUGGGUAUUCUACGAUGCCUUACAGUUCUGUGCAAGAAUGAUUUUAAAUAACAUUUUGUGCAUUUAUUGUUACUUGUUCAAACAGUGAAUGUUUUUUUCUAAUCGAUCAUGGACGAUAAGUUUAUCAAUAAAGU